CCAAGCACCAACACUUGUACAGUCGCCCACACACACACAAAAUAACACACAGACUAACAGUCGACAUACACAGGCAAUUGCAAACACAAACUAUUACACACACCUGUACACAAUGGAAGCGCAAAUUGUUUAUAUAAAACUCUUGCGACUGUCAUUGAAAUCCGCAUCUAAUGUGUCUAAGAUCCGCCUGCAAGAAUUGGCCGCUGGCAUUGGUGAACUGCGUCAGCUGUUGUCCUGUGUCGUCUGCCGCGAACUGCUCAAGGAUCCCUACGAACCGGCGCGACGUCGCUGCGGCCAUCAUGUAUGUCGGCUUUGUUUGCGCGGUCGCAAGCGCUUGAAACCAAGUUGCGAACAGUGUCAGGAUUGCUUCGACUUCAAAACGUACAAGGAGAACAAAUCCAUGGCCUGGCAAGUUCUGUGUUAUCAGACACUGUGCAAACAGCUGCAGCACUCGUUACUCUAUGCUCAGCUUGCCGGGCAGCGGCCGCUCAACUGUAGACAGUACAAUGAACUGGGUACGACGAUGUCACGUAUUCAACUGCCCGAUGAGACAGCCCAGUGGUUCAUACGCGAGGGCGCCAACUACAAUGAUAUGUGCGAUACCUUUUUGCCGCAACCCGAUAGACUGACGCUAAAGGACAUUGCAUCGCUGCCCGCUGAGACGCCACCCACGACGGCGGCCACCACACCUGAGCUGCCCUAUGAGCAGCACUUACCGGAGCAACAGCUGUCGCUAACGGACAUUGAGCUGGAGGCAGCGGCCACGGGCGAUCAAUACAUGCAUCAUCCUUUGCCCCUGUUGGCCUCAUCCUCAAGUGCAGCGCGCAUGCUACAGAUUCCCACUGCGGCUACGCAGACCAUCAUGACAGCUGGCUACAUGGAGCCCAGCUGGACGGAUCAAGUGGAUCUCUCGGCGGCUUUCACACUGAACACCUUUGGUCACAGCGGCGCCACAGCCAACUAUGCUACCUAUGUGCUGCCCAGCGGCUGCACAGAGCUUCCACUGCAUAUGCCAGCCAUUGGUCAAGUGGUCGAAGUGCCUCUGGAAGCAAUGACAGCCAGCACAUCGACAGCUGUGGUCCCAGUCCCAGAAGCAGUGCCAGCUACCGUGACCUUUAAGCGCCGCCAUGCGGAGCUGCUGGCUGAGGAGCUGCAACAACAGCAAUUGGAACAGCAACAGGAGAAGAUUAGUCGGUUGCCGCAGAAGCCCACAAUCAUCUCAUCUGUGCAGGUCAAGCCACCAACUGCUCUUGCUCCGCUGGCUGCAGUUCCCAAUACGAUAACAGCAACUGUCCCCAAGACAAUGGCAGUAACAGUUCCCAAGACAAUGACAUCAACUGUUCCCAAGGCAAUGCAUGCAGCUGUGACCACAGUUGUCCCCAAGACACCAAUAGCAACAUCUAAGCUAUUGACAGCAACUCCAGCAACUACCAAAGCAUUGACUGCCACUGUAGCUGCUGCAAUUCCGAAAGCCACAACAUCAUCACUAGCUGUGACAGUUCCCAAGGCAACAACUUCGCUGACCGCCACAGUUCCAAAGGCAACAACAUCAUCACUGGGCGCAACAGCUCCCAAGACAUUGACAACUCCUGUAGUUGUUAAGGUCUCGAAGGCAUCGAUAUCUCUAACUACAUCUGUUCCCAAGACUCUCACAACAUCUGUAGCUGCAAAAGCUCCCAAAGUAUCCACAUCUUCAACUGCAACUGCUCCUAAAAUGUCGACAUCUCAAACUGCCACAAUUCCCAAGAAACUCCCAACAUCUGUGGCUGCCAUAGCAACCAAAACAACCUUGGCAACUGCUUCACCAUCCAAAGGCACAACAUUGACUAGAAGCGCCGUCAAUGCCAAGACCACAACGACCGCUCAAGCAGCCACAAUGUCUAAAUCAACAGUUUCCGCUAAGGCACAAGCAACUGUCCAGGCAGCUGCUGUAGUCACUACGCGCAGCACAGCAACAUCAAGAGCUGCUGCAGCUCCAGUAGCUCCAACAACCGCCAGAGUGGCAGCCGUAGCUGCGCCGCCUAAGGUCAUCGAAAAGUCGCCAAAGGAGUUGCGCGCAUCCCAAAAACUGAAGCCAAAGGAGAAACGCGGAUGCCGCUGUGGUACCUCAUCCGCCCCGGGCAAAGCCACAUGUCGCACCACGCGUUGUGCCUGCUACGUGGUGGGCUUGAAAUGCGUAGACUGCAAGUGCAAUGGUUGCAAGAAUCCACACACUUAUGUGGGUGACAGCAGCGAUGAAGACGAUACUGAUUCCGAGCUUGAGGCUGAGAUGGAGGCAGAAAUGGCGGCAGAGGAAGCAGAAGUUGUGACUGAGGAGCCUGUUGAGGCGUCACCGCCACCACCAGCGCCGAUGCCAUCGGGUGUUACACUGGUACUAGUGUCCAAUCCACAAGCAUCGCAGCGUCCUAUGGUCGUGAUGCAAAACGAAAGUGGCGAAUAUCAGUAUUUCAACGCCUUCAAUGGCUCCGUGCCCAUAGAUCCCGUUGAAGCUGGCUUCCCGUGUGUCGUGAUGCCACCUCCUCCAGCGCCGCCGUCAGUUGAACAGACAGCAAAGAAAUUCAAGGUCUCACCGCCACAAACAGAGAUGACCUCACAUUCACGACUGGAAUCGGUGGAUGAGCUGCUUGGUGCCAGCUCCAAGAGUAAAGUGGUUGUCGGCGACUGUCCCCAGGCAUUGUUUGAGGACAUUAUGUCCGGCUCGGAUGAUUUAUUCAACGUUAACUACACAUACAUUUGUAUACAUGUAUUUUGUAACCAGCAGCGAUUCCUUAAGUUGUUGCUAGGAAUCUUUACUGGACAAUUGAAAUUAUUUAUGAUCGCUAAGUGAUAAUAAUCUAUAUGUAUGUACAUUCAAGAAUGUAUGGUAAACAGAGUCAGGCACCGCAUGUCGAACUUAUCUUAGGCGAAAGUGAAAGCAAUAGUCAAACAAACAAUUUAAUUCUAAUCAAUAUUUCGACCCCUUUUUACAUUGAUUGUACUACUGUAAAACUAGAAUUUUUUAACAUUCAACAGUUUUGCAAAAAGGGGUCGAUUUUUCAAUCGUCUAACGAAUAAUCGAAUCGUAAAAAUAUUGAAACUUCCUUAAUAAUGCGGUCGCUGUAAACCAAAAACAAAACAACAAUUUUUUUUCAUAUAUAUAAGGCAAUUUUUUUCAUAUGUAUAAGACAAUUUUUUUCAUAACUAUAAGCAACAUUUUUUUCAUAUGCAUAAGACAAUUUUUUUUAAUAGCUAUAAGGCAAUUCUUUUCUAAGCUAAGAACCUUUUUUUGAGCAUGAAACCUUUUUUUUUUAACAUACAACUUUUUUUUGAGC